AAUACGGGCCCGGGCCCGGCCCUGGUGUUGGCUCACUUGGGGUGGGCGGCGGCGCCAGCGACCGGGAUGUGUCCAUGUUGGCGUUGCGGGGACCAUCCUCGGUCGUGGGCGGCGCUGGUGGCACCGGCGUGCGGGCGACAUACCGAGACAGCUACAGCCACCACGGCCACGGCCACGGUCACCACAGCAGUAACAACAGCAACUUUAGCUCGUCAACCCCGUACGUCUCGUCGCGAGCUCGAAGAUACAACCGCUCCCACGCCGGCGGCGCUUCCUUCAUCCCGCAAAACGAAUUCCCCGUUUUCAGCCAUAGCGGCGAUGUCGAGAUCGUUGUGCGCGUCCCCUGCGGACUCGAGAACCGAUACCUACUGCAUCGACACAUUUUGACGAGGUGUUCGGGUUUCUUUGAAGCCAGCACCAGCCAGGAAUGGUCGCGCGCCCAGACGGUUCCAGGAGGAGGAGGAGGAGGAGGAGUAAUACCAGAGUUGCCCGCGCCGGGCGGCGCAUCCAAGGGUGGGAGCAGCGGGAACGGAGCAGGAGGACCAGGAACAGGAACAGUAACAAGGGCGACGCAGGAUUCAACAACACCCAAAAAGCGAUGGCGAUACGAACUCGACACCGGCACCGACGACAACGACAUCCCCAUGCUCGUGCAAAAGGACGAGUCCUCUGCACCAUUAGCACCACCACCAAUACCACCUACACCCUCCGGCCCUCCAACAACCCAAUCCUCCAUCUUCGGCAACGGCUCUGGGUCAGGGUCAGGGUCCUCGGGAGGCCGACACCGCAGCAACAGCCAAAAGUCCAACCACACCCAAUCCAAUUCCUUCUUCCGCUCAGUCGCCAACCUCUCGCUAUCCCACUCUUCCCACCGUCAAUCCCACCACCAGAACUCUCCCUCGGCAAGGGAAGAACCCCCUCAGGCAGACCUCGACCUCCUCCGCGACUACGAUAACCUCUUCCGUAUCAUGUACAACUACCCGCCCACCCUCGACCCAAUUUCUUUGCCCGACGCCUACGUGCAAUGCAAGUCUCUGCUGCAGCUCGCCGACCAGUACGAUGCGCUAGCCGUCGUCGGGCCGCGGGUCGAUCACCACUUGCUGCAGUUCCAGUCGCGGCUAUGGCGACAGAUAGCUAAAUACCCCAUCUCCUAUCUGCGGCUGGGAUACUUGGCCAGGAGCAAAGUCAUCUUCCAGGAGGCGCUGAUCCACGUUGUCGGCCAGUGGCCCGCGGGCGAACGGUCGAUAAGAGCAGCGAUGCCCGAGUCGGUGGUGGACAUCAUUGAAGACAAAGUCGACGAGCUCGAAGAGGUCGUCUCACGCGUGGAAGCACGACUCUUCCGCCUAGGCGUCACCGGACGCGGAGGAGAGAGGGUAGGGCCGGGAAAUGGCUACGUCGAUUGGCUAGCCGUCAGUCUUUUCCGCGAAUGGCUAGCAGAAAACACCUCCCCGCCUCCGUCUUCGGCCGAGUAUACCUCCUCCUCCUCGAAUAAACACCACAACUCCGAACGAUAUAGUCGCGGCGGACAUGGACAUGGACACCGUUCCAGCAACAACAAUGUCCCGAACAGUAGGGCCCGCCAUAAUAGUUCCAGUUCCGGGUCAGCAUCAGGUUCCAAUUCCAACUCGAAUUCCGGCCCCCGAGGCGACCCCUACGCAGCAGCAGUAACAACAACAUCAGCAACAACGACCCCGAAUCUCGCCACUUUAGGUCGCACUUUUCGUCUGUUGGGCGGUUCGCCCAAAGAAUACCUCACUUACGAUGACUGCAAGCGCUUUCUGAAACUCUCGCCCGAGCUCUACAACCGCGACAACUUAAGGCGGUUCGAAAAGAGGAUCGAAGAGCUGAAAGCCAUGGCGAGAGAGGUGGUUCGGCCAUUGAUGGGGAGUGGGCUGGAACUGGAGAUUUCUGGCGGCGGGGGCAAUGGAAGUGGUGGGAGUGGGGGCAGUAUGCUGGGGUAUUUGACUUGUACGACGGUCUAUGAUCGGGAUUUACCUUGGAUGAGUUAUGAAUGAUGGGACAUGGUGGAGGAACGAACGAGCGAAUGAAGGAACGAUGAUAUGCAGACCAAGAUGAUGCUUUUCUGGGUUGUUUAUUAUAUAUAUAUACCGGGCGCAGCGAUGGUUAGGGUAUGGACGGAAGACGUAAGGACUUGGGCGGAUGUUGGGAUUUGGUUGGAUGGAUGUUUUGGACAGAGAGACUUUGGCGUCU